CCGGCGGCCCCGGAGGCGGCGCUCCACGUGUGCCGGGACAGCGGGGCCGACACCGCCGCGAUGUCGGUGCCGGCGGCCGCCAGCAACCUGCCCAUGCGGCUGCUCCGCAGGAAGAUCCACAAGCGCAACCUGAAGCUGCGGCAGCGCAACCUGAAGCUGCGGGCGGCCGAGGGGUCAGUGCCCUCCCCGGGCCAGGCGGCUUCCCAGGGACCCCCGGAGGAGGAGGAGGAAGCAGCGGCGGCCCCGGAGAUGGAGGAGAGCGCGGAGCCUGCGGACGCUGCCGGACCCCACGGCGGGGAGAAGGAGAAGAAGAAAAAGAAGAAGAAAAAGAGGAAAGCGGCGGCUGAUGCGGGAGAUGAUACAGAAACCAAAAAAGCAAAAACUGAAGAAGAUGAAUCUGCAGAGGUAGAAAAUGGAGAUAAGCAGAAUUCUGGAAAGAAAGAAGUGGAAGAGGAGGAUGGGGAGGAGGAUGAAGUGCCCAGUUUACCACUAGGUUUAACAGGUGCUUUUGAAGACAAUUCUUUUGCUUCCCUGGCUGGUGCUGUCAGUGAGAAUACAUUGAAAGGCAUAAAUGACAUGGGGUUUACACACAUGACCGAAAUUCAGCAUAAAAGUAUUAAGCCUCUUCUGGAAGGCAGGGAUAUUUUAGCAGCUGCAAAAACAGGCAGUGGCAAAACACUUGCAUUUCUCAUUCCUGCAGUAGAGCUCAUCUACAAGCUGAAAUUCAUGCCUAGAAAUGGAACGGGUGUCAUUAUUCUUUCUCCUACUCGAGAGCUUGCUAUGCAAACCUAUGGCGUUCUUAAAGAACUCAUGAAUCAUCAUGUUCACACCUAUGGUCUGAUAAUGGGGGGCAGUAACAGAUCAGCAGAAGCACAGAAGCUUGGAAAUGGAAUCAACAUCAUUGUAGCAACACCAGGGAGGCUGCUGGAUCAUAUGCAGAACACUCCAGGUUUCAUGUAUAAGAACUUGCAGUGUUUGGUAAUUGACGAGGCAGAUCGAAUCUUGGAGGUUGGAUUUGAAGAAGAAAUGAAACAGAUCAUAAAACUUCUACCAAAGCGCAGACAGACGAUGCUUUUCUCUGCUACACAAACCAGAAAGGUUGAAGAUCUGGCAAAGAUUUCUCUGAAGAAAGAACCACUGUAUGUUGGGGUUGAUGAUAACAAGGAGACAGCAACAGUAGAUGGUCUUGAACAGGGGUAUGUAGUGUGUCCAUCUGAAAAAAGGUUCCUUUUGCUCUUCACGUUCCUCAAGAAGAACCGGAAGAAGAAACUAAUGGUAUUUUUUUCUUCGUGUAUGUCAGUGAAGUACCACUAUGAAUUACUCAACUAUAUUGAUCUGCCUGUUUUGGCCAUUCAUGGCAAGCAGAAGCAAACCAAACGUACUACAACGUUUUUCCAGUUCUGUAAUGCAGAAUCUGGAAUAUUGCUGUGCACUGAUGUUGCUGCCAGAGGAUUGGAUAUUCCAGAAGUUGACUGGAUUGUCCAGUAUGAUCCUCCAGAUGAUCCAAAGGAAUAUAUUCAUCGUGUUGGUAGAACUGCCAGAGGCAUAAAUGGGAGAGGUCAUGCUCUGCUCAUUUUACGACCAGAAGAACUGGGCUUUCUACGAUACCUAAAACAAGCCAGGGUACCACUGAGUGAAUUUGAAUUUUCUUGGUCAAAAAUUUCAGACAUCCAGUCUCAGCUGGAAAAACUGAUAGAGAAGAACUAUUUCCUUCACAAGUCAGCCCAGGAGGCAUACAAAGCUUACAUUAGAGCUUAUGACUCCCAUUCUCUGAAGCAGAUCUAUAAUGUCAAUAAUUUGGAUCUUCCCAAAGUCAGCCUUUCAUUUGGUUUUAAAGUUCCUCCGUUUGUUGACCUCAAUGUGAACAGCAACCAUGGCAGAAGACUUCAGAAAAGAGGUGGAGGUGGAGGAUUUGGUUACCAGAAGUCCAAGAGUGUCCACAAAGCGAAAAUCUUCAAACACAUCAGCAAGAAAUCAGACAAUCGGCAGUUUUCUCGUUAGUCAUCCAAGUCAUUAAAAUGGCUGCUGGCAUUGGAAGAGCCCACCUUGAUCAAAACCAUCUGACAGUUACUUUCAGUUUAAACUGCUCCAUUCACGUGUUUAGGUGUUUUUUUUCCGGGAACAUCUUUUAUUUCUAAGGUCAGGAAGACUCUUUGGAAGGGAGACUAAAGGAUAAUAUGGCCAGCUAAUUUUGCCAUAUUUAAGGAAGAAGCUCAUUUAAUUACUUAAAGUCAAUACUACAGAGGUUUUUAUUAAAGAAAGAAAAAUUACUUUUAGGUUUUAUAGAAGAACUUGCUUUACAUUUACCCUUUUUUCUAUGCACACCUCUGAAAAUUGUUGGAGUGGUCAACAUAAGGACAUUACAACGUGAGAUGAAAAGGUUUUGCUCACUUGAAUCUUUGCAAGGGAUUUUAGUGCUACAGAACUCUGCACUGGCCAUCAAAUAUGCUGAAGAAUAUAGGAAGAUUCCUUUAGAACAGAGUGUAUGGAUGAAUAAUUAAGGCUGUAUGAGCUUGUGAUUAAUUUCAGACAUGUUAUCUUUAUAACAAGUACAGUGUCCAAAAUAAUAAAUCACCUCUUACACCA